AUGAAGUACGCUUUCGCUCAAAUCGCGUUCGGCCUUGGUGCCAACGCUCUCGUUGCCCGUGAGGCCUCUCAGUGUAUUCAGUUGCAGGCUUCCGGCGGUCAGUCAGGAAUUCUCGGCCAGCUCGGUGACGGACAGAACCGUGUCGGUGGUGGUCACCCCACUGGCUGCUACUGCUUGAGCAACGGUGGUUUCACCGAUUCGAACGGCCGUGGCUGCAUCCUCACUCCUCCCACAACACAGUUCCAGUGCGAUGUUGGUGCUAGCCCUACCACCGGCUUCGCCAUUGGUUCUAGUGGCUCUGUCACCUACAACGGCAGCUCCAAGUUCUAUGCUUGCCCUGCUACCGAUAGCGAGUACAACGUCUACACCUCGCCCGUAUCUGACCAGGACAAGUGCGUUGAGAUCUCUUUGAGCUCUGCCGGAUCUUGCGGAUCAGGCCCCGCCAAGUCGAGCGCGCCUGCUGCUUCGCAGCCUGCUAAGAGCUCUGCUGCUCCUCAGCCCUCGCAGCCUGCAAAGAGCUCUGCUGCUCAGACCUCGCAGCCUGCACAGAGCUACCCUGCUCAGAGCCAGCCUGCACCCAAGCCAUCUCAGCCUGCACAGAGUGCUCCCGCACCUAAGUCCUCUGCUCCGGGUCAGAGCGCCCCUGCUCCUAAUCCUUCUGCUCCUGCCCAGAGCGCUCCUGCCCCCGCUCCUUCCACUCCCGCUCAGUCUGGCAACAAAUGCCCUACUGACCUGAACGGUGCAUACCAGUACCCCCACCUGAUCAUCCCUAUCGACUCCCAGCAGUCGUCCAAGUCUUUCGGUACCUCCUACAACGGCAAGGUCGACAGCCACACAUGCUCGAUCUUCAACUUCGACAUCCCCACUUCCUACUCCGGCAAGACCUGCUCCGUUGUCUUCCUGUUCCCUGAGCAGAAAGACCUCGAGACCUCUUCCUUCACCGUCUCCGGCUCCGGCAAGGUCGACUUCACCAAGCUCAAGGGACCUGCCAGCCAGCAGACCACCUACGCCAACCAGCCUGGCAAGGAGUCUGAUCUCGCUUCCAUGUCUGUCGCCCCUGGCAACUCGUACUUGAUCACCUCCGGUGACUGCGCUGCUGGCCAGACUGUCAGUUACGAGAUCUGCGGUAACGAAGAUUUCGCUCUCGACUACUUUCAGGACUACAACCCUAGCCCUAUUGGCUUGUAUAUUCGCCAAUGCUAA